AUGUUUGCUUGGAUUGCCGGAUGGUACUGUAGCCAUAUAGAGGCUGAGAGAAUCCUGUGGACAUCCUGGCUCACUGGGAUUAGGUUGAAUGAGUUGACUAUAAACAGUUUGUUUUACAUAACAGGUAGUAAUUCAGUGAGCACUGUGUAAACGAACGCUAAAAUAGAUGCUGAAAACGAAAGGCAUAAUUUAAAAUAGCCUACAGUCACGCAUAGUGGAGUAUUUUAUUUUUCUCUUCGGAAAGGUGUCAAGUGGCAGUCGUUACGUAGAAUAGCUCAAGCUAACAGCUACGUUCAUUAUGUCAGUAGUAGGUAUUGAUGUGGGUUUCCAAAAUUGUUACAUCGCUGUUGCCAGAAGCGGCGGCAUUGAAACCAUUGCCAAUGAAUACAGUGACAGAUGUACGCCGGCUUGGGUGUCUCUGGCCUCCAAAAACCGCACCAUUGGAAAUGCAGCCAAGGGUCAAAUUAUAACAAACUUCAAAAACACAGUCCAUGGCUUUAAGAAGUUCCAUGGCAGAGCGUUCGAUGACCCAUAUGUCCAGGGGGAGAAACCCAAGUUGCCUUACAGCUUACACAAGCUGGCCAGUGGCAACACUGGAAUCAAGGUGCGUUACCUGGAUGAGGACAAAGUAUUCACAAUUGAGCAGGUAACAGCAAUGCUGCUGACCAAGCUGAAGGAAACUUCAGAGAGCGCCCUCAAGAAGCCAGUUGUGGACUGUGUGAUUUCUGUCCCAAGUUUUUUCACCGAUGCAGAGAGGAGGUCUGUGAUGGAUGCCACCCAAAUUGCAGGGUUGAACUGUCUACGUCUGAUCAAUGACACCACGGCAGUGGCCCUGGCCUAUGGGAUCUACAAACAGGACCUGCCCACCCCAGAAGAGAAGCCUCGCAAUGUGGUGUUCGUGGACCUGGGACAUUCAUCAUUCCAGGUCUCCAUAUCAGCCUUCAACAAAGGCAAACUCAAGGUCCUGGCAACAGCCUUUGACCCCUACCUGGGUGGGCGUAACUUUGAUGAGGCACUUGUGGAUAACUUCUGCGAGGAAUUCAAGGCAAGGUACAAGCUCAACGUGAGGGAGAACCCCAGGGCUAUUCUGCGGCUGUCUCAGGAAUGUGAGAAACUGAAGAAGUUGAUGAGCGCCAACUGCUCUGACCUUCCCAUUAACAUUGAGUGCUUCAUGAAUGACAUUGAUGUGACAGGCAAGAUGAACAGAGUCCAGUUUGAAGAACUGUGUGCACCCUUUUUGAUGAGAGUAGAGGCACCAUUGAAAGCAGUUAUGGAACAAUCAAAGCUGAGCAGGGAUGAGAUCUAUGCCGUGGAGGUGGUAGGAGGAGCCACUAGGAUCCCUUCCAUUAAAGAGAGGAUCUCCAAGUUCUUUGGCAAAGAUGUCAGCACCACACUCAAUGCAGAUGAGGCUGUGGCGCGGGGCUGUGCUCUUCAGUGUGCAAUUAUGUCCCCAGCGUUUAAGGUGCGUGAAUUCUCUAUCACUGAUGUGGUUCCCUUUCCCAUCACCCUGCGUUGGAAGUCCCCCACAGAAGAUGGAGUUGGAGAAUGUGAGGUGUACAGUAAGAACCAUGCAGCACCCUUCUCCAAAGUCAUUACCUUCCACAAGAAGGAGCCCUUUGACUUGGAAGCGUUCUACAGCCUCCCACAGGAGCUGCCUUACCCGGACAUCAGGAUAGGGCGUUUUUCUGUUCAGAAUGUGGUCCCCCAGCCUGAUGGAGAGAGCUCCAAAGUGAAGGUCAAAGUGCGCAUCAACGUGCAUGGCAUCUUCAGUGUUUCCAGUGCCUCCCUGAUCGAGAAGCAGAAGGGUGAAGGAGAGGAUGUUCAGAUGGACAUGGAACCCACUGUGCAGAAUGAAGGAAGGCCAGAGGACCAGCUGCACCCUUUUCCUCUCAUUGAAGAUGACACCUUUAACUAUAUGGAGGAGACUAAAAUGCAGGUGGACCAGGAGAGUCAAGGCCAGGGGGACCAGCAGAGUGAGGAUGCCAGUUCCUGCAGUAAGGAGAGAGUCAGUGGUGAGAAGCAGGACCCAGCAGCAGGGGGAAGCAAGCCCAAAGUCAAAGUGAAAAGCACUGACCUUCCCGUCCUGGCCAACAUCAUCAGACAGCUGGACAGGGGGGUCCUCAAUGACUUUGUGGAGUAUGAGAGCCAGAUGAUCGUCCAGGACAAGCUGGAGAAAGAGAGGAAUGAUGCUAAGAAUGCUGUGGAGGAAUAUGUGUACGACCUGCGGGACAAACUGUGUGGCAUCUAUGAGAAGUACACUACUGAGGAGGACAGUAAUCGUCUGACAAUGAUGCUCGAAGACACAGAGAACUGGCUUUAUGAGGAGGGAGAGGACCAAGACAAACAGGUCUAUGUGGACAAGCUGGAAGAUCUCAAGAGGUUUGGCCAGCCCAUUCAGGACAGGCACAGGGAGCAGGAGGACAGGCCGAGAGCAUUUGAAGAAAUGGGCAAGAAGAUCCAACUCUAUUUGAAGGCUGUGGAGCUUUACAAACAGAAGGAUGAACGUUACCAGCAUCUGAAUGCUGAGGAGAUGAGCAACGUGGAGAAGUGUGUAAAUGAAAGCAUGGGCUGGAUGAACAGCAAGAUGAACGCCCAGAGCCAGCUCACCAUCGCCCAGGACCCAGUAGUCAAAGUAGCAGACAUAAUUUCCAAAAUACAGGAACUGGAUGAAGUAUGCAACCCAGUGGUCAACCGGCCGAAGCCCAAAGCAGAGGAUGUGUCAGAGGAGAACUACAAGAGCAAUGGGGCCCAUAACGGCCCAAGGCAAGGAGCUGACGGGAAGGGAGAGGCAAAGGGAAGCAACCAGACAAAGCCUCCCUCAGGAGAGAUGGAGAUUGACUGAGCCCCUCUGCCAAACAAGCUCUGCUGCCAUCACUCUAGCUCCCAUCAGAGCAGGUCUACCCAAACAUACAUAGUAUAUCAAGGGACCAUUUUUCCAUGUCCACCACCACUCAGCGGGCUGUUUUGUGCAUUUGUAUUUAGAGUCCCCCUGUUUGUUUUUUACCUUUUUAGACUUUCCCUUGUAUGUUACAAUGGUGCGCUCCUUCUUGAGUGUUUAGACAAUACCAUAUAUAGUCAUUAAUUGUAAGAUUAGAUAUAGAUUAAAACAAUGCAGGCUCUCCCAAAAAUUGUUUUUCUAAACCAUACGUGUUUGCAUUUCAAAAGUCCCAUAAGCAGAUCUCUAAGGUGACUCUUAUUGCACAUAACCUUGUAGUGGAACAUAAGUAGAAUUACUGUCUGAACAAACGCUAAGGCUGAUUAAACUAUUAGUAAACUAUGUAUGCAAUAAUACAUAUUAUAUAUAUUUGUAUUUAAUAUAUUAAUUUGAAAAGAUGUCUGUAUGUCUAGAUUCUGUAAAUAUUAUUUUAGUAAUUUAAACUGGCCAGUGCAUAUAGUUGUGUACAGGAUACAUUCCUAGUGUUGAAAUGGGUGACACCACAACUGUCAAGUAGCAAGACAAGAGAGCAAGGUGCUGCCUAUUCUUUUACUUGUUUUCAUCCAUUUCCAUAUUUGAAUCAUGAGAUUUUAAGACGGCAAGUAAUAAAUGCAUUAUUUUUGUCUUUAAGACAAA